UGGUGACGUGGUGCAGGUCGUUUCCCUCGCGCGCAGCUCCUCGCUCUCCCGCAGACUGUGCAUUGCGUGCGCAGUAACUAUACCUUCAAUCGAUCCGCGCCGUUUUCCACAGUCUGACCCCCCUCCUACCCUCCAUCCCCACGCCUGGUCGCUGGGAGGAUUUUCCUCCCACUCCAACUACUUUCUUCAUAUUUCUUUUUCUCUCCUUUUUUCAAUGGGUUCUGGUGAUUUAUUGGGAGAUUUCGACUCUGCAGCUUUUUUGUUCAUCAUGAUAGAAAUUUAAAGAUUGCAUCCUUCUGUCUCCAUCCCCGCGGGAAAACCUGGGAGGAUCAUGCAAUAUCUGAAGCCAUGGCGAGCUCUGCUCCUUCUGGCCGUGCUGUACCAGCCAGCAACCUCAGAUAAAUACGGAUGCCUUUUUGAGAGAAAACUGUGCACAAGGGAUCAGUUCUGCUCGGAUGAUGGGCUUUUUGGUCAAUGUCAAAGCUCCAAGCAGGACCUGGUCCAGUACCAAGUAUCAGUUCCAGUACUGAAGAGGAUGCAGGAAGUCCUCAAGCAGCUCAUGCUACAAGGGCUGUCGUGGCAGGAUGAUAUCACCCAAUCUAUUUUAUCCAAGGAGCUGAAGAGAGUUCCUCACACCACCCUUCCAUCAAAGCCAAACGCCUCUUCUUCAUCUCAUCAUUUGUCUCAAUCCAAACAUUACACUCCCCACCAUCUCAGCUCAAAGCAGGGGUCUCUGCCUCCAGGUGGAAAGUAUGUGGACUACAUGAUUGUCGAGCCUCCUGUGUCCCAGAUGCACAUGCAAGCUGCAGCCUUGGACCCAUACACUUACCACCAGCACAGGUACCAAGAUGAGGUAGAGCGAUCUCUCAUGACAGCAGGAGGGGGUUAUGCUCGCCCCCCCUCUAGAUACCAGGCCGGUCAGCGAGAGCGCGACAGGCAGCUGCUGCAGCAAGCUCUGUCUCUCUAUCUGGCAUCUGCCCAGCCUUCUCAUCGCCACCGAGGGGCGGCCUCCAUGGCCCCUGCAGGCCUGCCUUAUUAUGACGACUUUGAGCUGGAGAUACCAAUAGAUGAGGAAGACUACGCCUUAGAGAAAAAACUCAAUACUCCAGGUUUGCAUCAAAGUCUGCCAAACAGAAAAACAUCUCAAGACUUUAACCCUCGAUCAGGAAGUAAUGAUGACUUGCUCCAGAGGAUGUCAUCAGUCCUGCAGAGGUACAACAUUGAUCCCAGGGAGCUCAGUCAGGAGCAGCUCUACAAGCUGGCUCUCAUUCUGCAGCUGGUGCAAGGCCAGGAAAAAACAGAUCCAACUGAGAAAGACCUCAUUGCAGUCAAAGAGUUGCAGCUGUUGAAAAAGCAAAGUCUUUCAAAGCCCGAAAAGUCUACUCAUCUCGACAGCCCUCAGCAUCCUUUUUCGGCUUCCAUCCCUGCCUCACCUCCACCCAAAAGUCCCAGUUCUCCCCCCUCACCCCCUCAGGUUGCCCCUGCUGAAGCUGAACACAGCUUUAAGGAGCCAGUUGUGGAAGGAACUGGCGCCAAAGAGGAGUAUGGGUACAUCUACACAAAUCGGAGUCCUCUUAGUCUUUAUGAUGGAGUAAAGUUAUUGGAGCUGCUGGCUGAUAAAAUACACCUGACAACCAGCAGUUUCAUCAACAUCAGUGUGAUCGGUCCAGCACUGACCUUUCGCAUUCGCCAGAAUGAGCACAACAUGACGGCUGCAGAGGUCGCUGCAAAAGCUGUAUCGGAGAAAAGUUAUCUAGAGUCUGAGACAGGCCUGAAAAUUGUACAGACUGGUGUGGGAGAGAGAACAGAUGCCCGAGGCCUUCCUCAGGUAGCCAAGGUGCCUCAGGAAUCCAAUGGGACAGUCAUCACCCUUGUUUCCAUGGCAGUGGUAGGAGGUGUGCUGGUCCUGGCCAUAGCUGUGGCUUGUUUCAAGCACUAUUCUCAUCAUGUGGCCAAUGGCAAGCUUGGUUUGGGUCCAGAGGGAGGAGCGGAAACACACUUUGAUUACCAGGAGCUAUGUAGACAGCACAUGGCAUCUAAAUCCUCCCUGUGCCGUCAGGACUGCAUGGGAGGCGCGAGCGGAGGCAUAGCAGGGUCUGCCAUAGGAACCGGUGCUGGCGGAAGGAGGGGUACGGACACAUCCCGCGUCAGCAGUGUGUCCUCCCAGUUCAGCGAUGGACCUCAACACAGUCCAUCAUCCACCCACAGCUCCACCCCAUCCUGGAGCGAAGAGCCAGCCCAGUCCAACAUGGACAUCUCCACUGGUCACAUGAUUCUGGCGUACAUGGAGGACCACUUGCGCAAUAAAGAUCGGCUGCAGAAGGAGUGGGAGGCUCUCUGUUCCUAUCAGGCCGAGCCCUGUUCAGUGGCUGUGGCUCAAACCCUCAACAACAUAGAGAAAAACAGACAUGCCGUAGCUCUACCCUAUGAUCACUCUCGCGUCAAGCUGAAGACUGAAGUAAACCCAAAUAAGCAGGAUUACAUCAAUGCCAGUUUCAUUUUUGAUCAUGACCCUCGCCAGCCUUCGUAUAUUGCUACGCAGGGACCUCUGGCACACACUGUUGCAGAUUUUUGGCAGAUGGUGUGGGAAAACGGCUGCACAGUGAUAGUAAUGAUGACGGCUUUGGUGGAAGAUGGAGAGAAGCAGUGUGAACGAUACUGGCCUGAUGAAGGCUCCUCACUCUACCACAUCUACGAGGUGAACCUGGUGUCUGAGCACAUCUGGUGUAAGGACUUCCUGGUGCGAAGCUUCUACUUGAAGAACGUCCAGACACAAGAGACCAGGACCUUGACUCAGUUUCAUCUGCUUAGCUGGCCAGGUGACGGCAUCCCCACCUCCACGAGACCACUGCUCGACUUCCGCAGAAAGGUGAACAAGUGUUACAAAGGUAGAUCCUGCCCAAUUAUCGUUCACUGCAGUGAUGGUACCAGUCGAAGUGGCACAUACAUUCUCAUCGACAUGGUGCUGAACCGAAUGGCUAAAGGGGUAAAGGAGAUCGACAUUGCUGCCACACUGGAGCAUAUCAGAGACCAGAGACCCGGCCUGGUUCGCACUAAGGACCAGUUUGAGUUUGCUCUGACAGCAGUGGCCGAGGAGGUGAACGCCAUCUUAAAAGCCCUGCCGCAGUAAAUGAAGUGGAGCAGCUGGAGGACACACCGCCGAUACAUUGUGCCCCACAAAAACACAAAGAUGAAUGUAUCAUAUUGUGCGUUCAUGUACGUCCUACACUGUCAGAAAACUCUGUCCAACCACACUCAACGCCGCUGCUGUCAAUCCUGCACUGGUGUCCCAGUUACCCGCUGUCUGGAUUUUUAAACCUUUUCUGAGCUCAGUUUUAUGAAAAAGGGAGGAAAAUGAUUUUGGCAGGAUGCAGAUCACAACAUGAGAAGAUAUGGCGCCUUUUUUCCCCUUUUUUGCCCAAUAAAAAGUUCCACCUUUCCUACCCAAGGAUGGCGCCUUUAGAUGUGAAGCUAACUGAAUAAAACCUUUGUGCCUGUAUAAAUUUAGAUUAUAUCUCCACGCUGUUCCUCUCUGGUUGUUUUUUUUUUUUUUUUGGAACAUAACAGUCAGACAAAGAAUAGUGAACCACCACAUUCAGUUUAUUUCUAUCUGGAAAACAUUCAACAUUUUUUGUGGACAUUUCAGAACUUUUUAUUUAAUAUAGAUUUUUUUUUUUAGUUUUUGGAGCUUAACUAAAUUGACGUUAGCUUGAAAAAUGUUUGUGGCUUCCACCUUUUAAAAGGUUGAUUUUACUCAUCGUUCUGUGGAUAUGGUGUUUUGUGUUUUUCUUUAAUCGUGAGGCUUGUGUUUGCCUUGAAAAUGUAAUGGAUGCAUUGACCAAAAAGUACUCAUCUCCAUCUGUAGUUCCGCAAGGAGUAGCUUUGUUUGAAUUCCUUUAACGUCUUGAUAAUUGUGGAAACUUGUGAUUAAUGGAAAAGAAAAACUCAUCCUGAUGAUUGUGUUUCUUUCAUGUAGCAGACUAAUAAAAAAGAUAUGAUAUAAAAAUGUAUUUUUGACUUGACAAUUAAAUUUGUGAUGUGAUGCAGCAGAAAACAUCA